UGUUUCUUUUCUAUCAUCAUUUUCCACUGAACCCCCUCCAACCUUCACCAUCGCCAUAGAAGCAACCUGAAAUCAAUGGAGGAAGAGAAAGCGGCAGCAUACUACGACGAGCUCACUCGCAAAGGCGGUGGCGCCGCCCGCUUCAAACAAGGCCUCGGUUUCUCAUCUUCUUCUUCCGACCCUAACGACGUCGUACCAGCCAGAGGCUCCGCUCUUCCGUCUUCUUCUUCUUCAUUCCUCAGCAGCUUUGUUAGAGCUUCGAAAGCAUCCGAUGUUGAGAAACAAUCACAUAUUCAAUCUGUUAAAGACAAGCUCAAGAAGAAACAUGAUUCAUCGUUGCCUAGGGUUUCAGAUGAUCGAUCUCGAGAAAGUGAUAGACAUCCUUCGAGGCGUCGGAGGAGUAGAAGCAGAAGCAGAAGCAGAGAUGACAAUGAGCGUUCGAAGAAUCGGCACAGGCACAGAUCGAGUAGUAGAGAUAGAGAUAGAGAUAGGUAUGGAGAUAGGGAUAGGGAUCGGUAUAGGGACAGGGAUAGGGAUAGAGAGAGAGAUAGAGGAAGACGGAGGAGGAGUAGGUCUAGGAGUAGAAGCGUGUCUCCCAGGCGUCGGAGAUCGGAGAAGAGCAGGGAUGUCGAUGAUGAUCGGAAAAGUAGAAAGGAGAAAACUGGUGGAGUUGAUUAUGCGAAAUCGAUCGACGGCUAUGAUAAGAUGUCACCAGCUGAAAGGGUCAAAGCAAAGAUGAAACUUCAACUUUCUUCAACUGCUAAACAGGAUGAAGCAAACGGCAUGGGGUCAGGAUGGGAGAGAUUUAACUUUGACAAAGACGCUCCACUUGAUGAUGAAGAGAUCGAAGCUGCGGAAGAUGAUGGAGCGUUAGUGAAGCAUAUUGGCCAAACUUUCCGCUUUUCUGCUGUAGAGGCAAAACGGGAGGAGAAGAUUAAGGCGACUCAUGAUGAGGCUAUUUUUGGAACAUCAUCACUUGCACCACCUCUGGAUACAGACAGUGAAGGAGACGGAAACAAUUGUACAAGAGAAAGUCCCGAAACUGCCCCUGUUACAAGUCUCAUAAGCGAUCAGGUUCGUACAUUGCAACAAGGCUCGUGGCGAGAUCGUAUACAAAAAGCUUGAUUGAGGAUUAGUUGGUUUUUCCAAUCAUGCGAUUUAAGAAAGCAAGCAUGGACUACACCAAAGGAGGCUGUGGGAAGGCCAACGGGCAUUCUUUUGAUAACCUUCCGGUGAACCGAUGGCAGAUUAAGAAAAGAAUUAUCAAAGACCUGUUAUUUGGAAACGGGAAACAAGCAACGGGAGGUGGUGGAGGCAACGAGCAUCCGCUGAAUAGGUGGCAGGUUAAGAAGCGACUACUUAAACAACUGUUUUCCAGCACCACGAGUGUUUAGUAUCCGCCUACGGGUCUAAAUCCUGGUUACAUUUUGGGAUACAACUAAAUAAGUUUAGGUGUGUUAAAUAGGUUUUGAACCUUGUUAAAAUAGGAUGGUUUGGAAGUUGAUAUUUCACACGAAAGUGCUUAAAUGUUCAAGUAUGUUGUGUAUGUUUCGCAAAAGUGUGUGUUUAUUUGUGAUGAAUUAAUGAAUGUUACAACUUUUUGUA